AUGGGCAUCCGAGGGAUGCUGCGAACCGCUUUACUCUUGCUGCUCAUUAGAACCUGGCUCGCGGAGGGCAACGACUUCAGUUCCACUCCGAAAUUCCACUUCGAGCUCUCCUCCACCGUGCCCGAAGUCGUCCUAGACCUCUUCAGCUGCAAAAACUGUGCAAAUGAAGCUGUGGUUCACAAAAUUUUGGACAGGGUGCUGUCGAAAUAUGAUGUCCGUUUGAGGCCCAAUUUUGGAGGUGCCCCUGUGCCUGUGGGAGUAUCUAUCUAUGUCUCCAGUAUUGAACAGAUCUCAGAAAUGACAAUGGACUAUACUAUUACGAUGUUUUUUCAUCAGACCUGGAAAGAUCCACGUUUAGCAUAUUACGAGACCAAUCUGAACCUGACCCUGGACUAUCGGAUGCUUGAGAAGUUGUGGGUCCCUGACUGCUACUUUCUAAAUAGCAAGGAUGCUUUUGUGCAUGAUGUGACUGUGGAAAAUCGCGUGUUUCAGCUUCAACCAGAUGGAACAGUGCGAUAUGGCAUCCGACUCACCACCACAGCAGCUUGUUCCAUGAAUCUGCAAAAUUUCCCUCUGGACAAGCAGACCUGCAAGCUGGAGGUGGAGAGCUAUGGCUACACAGUUGAAGACAUCCUGUUAUACUGGGAAGGCAAUGGGAAUGCAAUCCAGGGGACUGAGAAGCUGCACAUCCCUCAGUUCAGCUUCCUGGGAAAGACAAUGACUAGCAAAGAGGUGUUUUUCUACACAGGUUCCUAUGUGCGCCUGAUACUGAGGUUCCUGGUCAAGAGAGAAAUCAUCAGCUACCUUGUGCAGAUCUAUUGGCCUACUGUCCUCACCACUGUUGUCUCUUGGAUAUCAUUUUGGAUGAACUAUGAAUGCUCUGCAGCCAGGGUGACAGUCGGUCUGACUUCAAUGCUCAUCCUGAAUGCCAUCAACUCACAUCUGUGGGAUAAACUCCCCCAAAUUGCCUGUAUCAAAGCCAUUGACAUCUAUAUGGUCGUAUGCUUCUUCUUUGUGUUCCUGUCCUUGAUGGAAUAUAUCUACAUCAACUAUCUCUUCUACAGCCGAAGAAGACCUCGGCGCUCUAAGAGGCAACUCACAAGAGCCCAAAGACUCCUAGCCCGCUACCGUUACCAGGAGAUAAUGAUGCAGAGUGACCAGAUGGACAUAGAAAAUGAAACUGACUCUCUUCUCUCCACACCAGUGCAGGCCCGCCUAGCAAGCUCAGAAAGCCUUGGCUCUUUGGCCUCUAUCUCACUGCAUGCACCGCUGGCCUCCUCAGAAAGCCUCAGCUCACUGUCUUCUCUCUCAGACCAGGCCUGGCUGGCUACUGGAGAAAGCCUGAGUGACCUCCCGUCCACCUCACAGCAGGCCCUGCACAGCCAUGGCAUUUGCUUUAAUGAUUCUAAGAUUGAAGACACUGUUAUUCCUACCGAAAUCCGCAACCGUGCUGAGGCCCAUGGCCGCACUGAGACCCGUGACCCAGAAGACCCUGAAGAGAGCUCCAACACCGAUGAGAGCCCUGGCCAUGGCCCCAGUAGGAGGCAUCUGCUUGUCUAUGGCCGGAGGUGUGUGCAAGAUGCAAGCUAUGACCCUAAUGAGAUCCGUACCACCCUUAAUAUGCUCCGUGGCUUGCCUGAUGAUGUCAGAGUUGAGACCGGCUACCUUGACCUUGAAAAGCAACUUAAAUGUGAUGCUACCAGCACCUGGAGCCUGCAUGAUAGUGAUUUGAUGAGCCCCAGUGGAGACAAGGACAGUAACUCGGAGUCUGAGGAUAGCUACCCUCCAAGCCCUGAAUGCUCCUUCAGCAACGUGUUCUCCUCCAAACUCUUUCACCCUGACUACGUCCCUAAGAUCGACAGAUGCUCCCGAAUCCUCUUUCCUCUUGCCUUUGUGAUGUUCAACGUUGUUUACUGGGCAUACCAUACCAAUUAG